CCUGUGGAAUCUAUCGCACGAAUUCCCGCGCGAUUUGGUGAGCGGCACGCGUGUUUACCGCCGGCCUUAGCUCACUGGCUUUGUUCCUUAGCUGGCUGGAUUUUUACGUUCCUGGGAUCUUACUUUUCUGGGCACUUAGGGAUUUGUGAUAGUUUACAUUCGGUUUCGUUGUUUUGUUUGUAAAUUGUGAGUUUUUAAUGUUUUAAAUAGUUUAUCUAGUUGCUAGAUUUCGUUGCAUUAGCCCAGAAUACUAAGAUGAGUCGACCAAGUUCGCCUGCGCCUAGUGACAGGCACGAUGCUAUGACAUCGCCUGCUCCAGACUUUUAUGACCAAUUUGAAGACGAGUCCAGAUUAAUUGGUAAUGUGAGCGAUGUUGUCGAAGAUGAGGUGGAUGGAGAGGAGUUGUUUGGGGAUAACAUGGAGGCUGAUUAUCGACCCAUGUCAGCCCUGGACAGAUACGAUCCUAAUAUGGUGGACGAUGAGGACUAUUCAGAGAUGUCACAGGGAGAGCGUGCAGCAGCUGAAGCAUCUAUGCGAAAGAGAGAUAGAGCUGCUGGUAUACGAGAUGACAAGGAUCUUCUUUAUGAUGAAAGCGAUGAUGAAGAUAUGACAAGGAAGCGUCGCUUGGCUGAAAAGGCUGCAACUGGAGAAAUUGAAGAUACUGAAAUGAUUGAAUCCAUUGAAAAUUUAGAUGACACCAAGGGUCAUUCCAUUAAAGAAUGGAUCUGCAUGCUUGCCCCUAGGAAUGAAAUUGCAAACAGGUUCAAAAGCUUUCUAAGAACCUACACAAAUUCUAAGGGACAGUACAUAUACAAAGAGCGUAUUCGACUCAUGUGUGAAAGCAAUCAGGCAAGCUUUAUAGUCGAAUUUCCACUUCUGGCAAGUAAAGAGCAUGUGCUUGCAUAUUUCUUACCAGAGGCUCCAGCUGAAAUGCUGGAAAUAUUUGAUGAAGUUGCUAAAAAUUUUGUUAUGACCAUUUAUCCAAGUUAUGACAGAGUUACUAAGGAGAUUCAUGUGAGGAUAUCAGAAUUACCACUCAUUGAAGAAUUGCGUACAUUUAGGAAACUUCAUUUGAACCAAUUAGUGAGAACAUUAGGUGUUGUAACUGCAACCACCGGAGUCUUGCCACAGCUGUCUAUUGUUAAAUACGAUUGUAGCAAAUGUGGAUACACUUUAGGGCCAUACACUCAGACACAGAACCAAGAAAUUAAACCAAAUAGAUGUCCUGAGUGUCAAAGUCUUGGACCAUUCAUAAUCAAUAUGGAGCAAACUGUUUACCGAAAUUAUCAAAAAAUUACAAUCCAAGAAUCUCCUGGAAGAAUUCCUGCUGGUAGAAUACCCCGUAGCAAAGACUGCAUUCUCUUAUCGGAUCUUGUUGAUCGUUGUAAACCUGGAGAUGAAGUAGAUUUAACUGCUAUUUAUAAAACCAAUUACGACGGAUCUUUAAAUACAGAAGAGGGAUUCCCAGUAUUUUCGACAGUUCUUCUGGCCAAUCAUUUGCAUGUCAAAGAUUCCAAAGAGAUCGUAGAUUCUCUUACAGAAGAAGACGUGAACAAUAUUUUGAAAUUAAGCAAAGAUCCACAUAUAGCGAAUCGUAUUGCAGCAAGUAUUGCUCCUUCCAUUUAUGGUCACAAAUUUAUCAAAAGAGCGUUAGCUCUUUCAAUAUUUGGUGGAGUCGCUAAGAAUCCUGGUAUGAAGCAUAGAAUAAGAGGUGAUAUAAACAUACUGAUUUGUGGAGACCCUGGAACAGCUAAAUCGCAAUUCCUCAAAUAUACUGAGAAAAUUUGUCCAAGAGCAAUUUUCACAACAGGUCAAGGUGCAUCAGCCGUCGGUUUGACCGCUUACGUUAGAAGAUCACCCAUGACCCAAGAGUGGACCUUAGAAGCUGGUGCUUUAGUUCUUGCUGAUACCGGUAUAUGUCUCAUUGACGAGUUUGAUAAGAUGAAUGAUCAAGAUAGGACGUCGAUUCACGAAGCCAUGGAACAGCAGAGUAUUUCGAUUUCCAAAGCAGGAAUUGUCACGUCCCUUAACGCGAGAUGUGCAGUCAUUGCUGCAUCUAAUCCAAUUGGUGGAAGAUAUGAUCCCAGUAUGACAUUUUCAGAAAAUGUCGACUUGUCAGAGCCAAUUUUAUCUCGAUUCGAUAUUUUAUGCAUUGUUAAAGAUGAAGUAGAUCCCAUGCAAGAUAGACAUUUGGCUAACUUUGUUGUAAAUUCACAUAUCAGACAUCACCCAACUAAUUCAGAGAGAACUGUGCCAUCGCAAUUAGAAGCUACAGCAGAGAAAGAUCCUGAUGAAUUCGAGCCAUUAGAUCAAGAUGUUUUGAAGAAGUAUAUUGUAUAUGCCAAACAAAAUGUUCAUCCGAAAUUGAGCAAUGUAGAUCAAGAUAAAAUAGCAAAGCUGUACAGUAAAUUAAGGCAAGAGAGUCUGGCAACUGGAAGUCUUCCAAUUACAGUUCGACACAUCGAAAGUAUUAUUCGUAUGUCGGAAGCGAAUGCAAAAAUGCAUCUUCGUGAAUAUGUAAGAGAAGAAGACAUAAAUCUUGCGAUUCGAAUGGAGCUUGAAAGCUUCGUUGAGACGCAAAAGUAUUCUGUUAUGAAAGACAUGCGACAAUCGUUACAGAAAUAUUUGACGUUCGAGAAAAAUCAUAAUGAAUUGCUGUACUUUGCACUUCGCGGACUUACAUUAGAUAAACUGGCAUUCAAAAAAGCUACAAGCAAGCAUCACAUAACUUCGGUCGAGAUUCCUGAAAAAGAAUUAUUGGAAAGGGCUAAGCAAUUCAAAGUUUACAACCUUACACAAUUUUAUAAGAGCAACAUAUUUAGAUCCAACGAUUUUACAUAUGAUCCAAAACGAAAAAUGAUCAUCCAAACUUUGCCAGCUGUGGAUGAAGAUUAGAAUUUAAGUUAUUGUAUCAGCUGUUUUACUUAAGUCAAUACUUUUUAAUAUGAUCCUUAUUUCAAACUAUAAAUCCGUACAUUAAGAUAUCAUCAAAAUGAUCUAUUUAUAAUCAUUUUAUCUAUCGUUUUAACUGUAAGGCUCUGUUUUAGCUAUACAAUUCAUUAAAAUAUCACUAUUAAUUUUAAAUAUAAAUAUUUUUGUUGUAAAAAGA